GUGGGCGCCCGUGGCCGUGAUAUUGCCGCAAUGAUCGAACCGGUGUCGUUCGGCUAAGUGGCACGAAGGGAAUUCUGUUUUCCGCCAUUUUACGAAGAAAAUUCCCGUUUUCUCGCUUUGGUUCAUCCCCGCUUCCCCAGCGGAAAUUGAACGCUAAACCCUAUUUCGUCGACGAAAGGAGAGGAAGAUGAAUCGAGGGGGAGCUUCUGUUGUAUGUUCUCUUGUCCUCUGCUCAUCGUGCUUAGUUUGCUUCGUGUGUGGGUUGAUACAGAUUUCACCUAGUUCUUCGUGAGACCUCCUCCUUUUGUUAUUUUGCUCCAAAAAAUGAUGAGGAAUUUGUUAAGUCUCAAUGAGCUCAAAACUUUGAUGCGGCAAUGCCCAACAUAUGCUUUAGAAUCUACUGUUCUGGUGAGAAGCUACCACCAAUCUGAGAAUUCGCUUGAAUCAACAGACCCUACGGAGAGGGUCUGCAAGAUUAUGAUGUCUUCACCGAAAUUGGUUCUAGAGAAGAUGCUCGAUGAAAGUGGGAUCAGGCCGUCCCCUGAUGUGGUUGAGAGGGUAAUCGAGCGAUUCGAGAAUGCCGGAAUGCAAGUCUACCGGUUUUUCCGAUGGGCAGAGAAGCAGAGAAGCUACAUACACACUGUGAAAGCAUACCAUUUGGUGAUAGGCUCCUUGGCCAAGAUUAGGCAAUAUCAGUUGAUGUGGGAUCUGGUUAAUGAUAUGCGCCGAAAGAGCCUCUUGAACGUUGAGACAUUCUCUGUGAUGACGAGAAGGUACGCGAGGGCGCAGAAGGUGGAUGAAGCCAUAUAUACCUUCAAUGUCAUGGAUAAAUUUGGAGUGACACCGAACUUAGCAGCGUUCAAUAGCUUGCUUGGUGCCUUUUGUAAGUCUAAGAAUGUCAGGAAGGCCCAGGAGAUCUUCGACUCGAUGAAGGAUCGCUUUGUUCCCGAUUCGAAAACGUAUAGCAUACUUUUGGAGGGUUGGGGCAGAGAGCCCAAUCUGCCGAAAGCCAGGGAGGUUUACAGAGAUAUGGUCGAGAAUGGAUGUGAACCAGAUAUCGUUACUUACUCGAUUAUGGUGGACAUACUCUGUAAAGCUGGCCGCAUGGAGGAGGCAGUGGAGGUCAUGGCAGAGAUGAGAAGUAGGAACUGUAUGCCGAAUUCAUUCAUCUACAGCAUUCUCGUUCAUCAGUAUGGUACUGAGAGGCGUAUUGGCGAUGCAGUUGAAACGUUCCUAGAGAUGGAAAGGAAUGGGAUACGAGCUGAUGUUGCAGUGUAUAAUGCCUUGGUUGGUGCAUUCUGUAAGGUGAGGAAGUUUAAGAACGUUUUCAGGGUUUUGCAAGAGAUGGAGAACAAGGGUGUUUCUCCAAAUUGUAGAACUUUUAAUAUACUUUUGAAUAGCCUUAUUGAUGCUAGGGAAAAUGAUGAGGCGUAUCGUGUUUUCAGGAGGAUGAUUAAGUGUUGCGAUCCUGAUUCAGACACGUACACUAUGAUGAUAAAAAUGUUCUGCGACAUGGAUAAGUUGGAGAUGGCACUGAAGGUUUGGAAAUACAUGGGCCUCAAACAGUUUAUUCCUAGCAUGCACACAUUCUCCGUGCUCAUCAAUGGUCUUUGUGAAAACGGUGAACUGGACAAGGCAUGUGUUUUGUUAGAAGAAAUGAUUGAAAAGGGCAUCCGACCAUCUGGUCCGACUGUCAAGAGGUUGAGGAAGUUGCUCUUGAAGGAAGGAAGAGAAGACGUACUUGAAUUUCUUAUGGAGAAAAUGAACCUUUUGAUCAAAGAACCUUUGAACGAUUAAAGAAUCUCCUAACUCUCCUAAGCCCUUGCACCUGUACCUACAUGGCUGUCCUUGUUCUAAAUACUGGACUCUAUAUGGUCUUGUAAAGAUUGCAAUUAUGAAUCCAAGAAGAGACUAGUCAAAGCGUAUUCCGUGACUGGUCAAUGCAACGUGUUUGCACAUAAAUGAGAACUUUCUACCACCAAAAUUGAUGCUUCUACUAGUACAUGGGAGAACGAAGAGGAUUCUAUAUGGUCCUAGAAAUCUGAAGCAGUUUGAUCAGUUGAGUGAAGUCAAAGACAGAAAUUCGGAUUGAUGCUGUUCUUGAUGCGCAUAACAUUCAUAGCAAGCAUGGAUAGUUAUCCAUGGAAAGACUCAUCCUGUGUGUGAACUCCUGACCCCAGAAAGUCAUACGUUGGAGCACACUUUGUGACUAGCAGAUAGCAGGUCAAGUUCAAUUUCUGUAUUGUCAAGACGCAAGGUUUGGUGCCCAUGGAUGCGAUGAAUGAUAAUAUUCCACAUUUCGUGCAGACUACAUCCUCUGUCCAUCAUGUACAGAAAACUUUGUGUUGACGUCUGCAAAAUGCCGUUUAAAAAAUGUAAAGAUUGAGAUGACUUGCCCAUUUUGGCUGGAGUAUUGGUCCCAUUUGACUUGUGUUGUAGUUUCCUCUGUCCAAUUGGAUUGAGCACGCCAGUUUCUUGCUGCACUGCAAUGUAUAAAGACUUCACUUGGUUACCUCUUUGAACCAUAA